UAUGCCAUUGGCCAAAGUGUUGUUAAUGAUAGUAUUUUUUUUUUUAGUAUUUUUUUUCUUUCUCCUUCCCCCUUCAGUGUAUCCAAACAUUUUUCUUGGCUGAUCCACCAUAUCUGCUUUGCAUCAAGACCCUUUUACUGUUUCCUCAUCCCCAUAGAGAAAGGGUUAAACAAAAUGGUGACAGUGUUUUGGGUCACUGCAGAAAAAUCUUGCAGUGUGCUGUGCAUGUGUGUGUGACUAUUUUCCUGUUCCUUUUCAUUCUUCAGCCUUCAAUGCCAUUUAAGGGCAGUCUGAAUGAAGGACGAAAGCACUUUCCAACCAGCUGUGAAUACGCCAAGAAUAGAGCAAUCAAGAGCCAGACAACCGACAAAAUGAAGUAGCCAGAGGGGCCUCAACUGCCCUGCACAGCUGGAGCCUUCAAUAAUGUUGGGGCCAAAACACCAUAACUGGCCCCCUCAUUUCUGACCCAACAUGGAGCUCAAGGUUUGGGUGGAUGGAGUCCAGAGGGUAGUCUGUGGGGUCACUGAGGCAACCACCUGCCAGGAAGUGGUGAUUGCUCUGGCCCAGGCCAUAGGUCGCACUGGGAGAUACACUCUGGUAGAAAAAUGGCGAGACACAGAGCGUCACCUAGCCCCUCAUGAGAGCCCUGUAGCUUCCUUGAACACCUGGGGCCAGUACGCUGGUGAUGUACAGCUGAUCCUGCAUCGCACUGGCCCCUCCCUGACUGAACGACCCCCAUCAGAAGGACCCACUCUCAGGGGGCCUGAGCGCGGGCUGCACCGACAGAGCCUCCCCCCCCUCGCCAAGCUUCGUCAUCCCAACGAUCGCUCCCUCCGCCGACGUGAACCACGCCGCAAGUCUCUCACGUUCACCGGUGCACCCAGAGGCCUUAGGGAAAUCCUGAGCGGGGGGCGGAUCGGGGAGGCUGAAGCCAAGCGAAGAUUUCUCCUGGGAAAUGGUGGGAAUCACCACCAUGGAGGACCAGCCAUCGGGAGCGCAUCUCCUGGCCUGUGGGCCUGUCGCAUGGAAGAUCUGGUCAGACUGGUCGGUAUACAGAGAGAGACUCUCAAUGUGCUAGAGAAGAAGCUGGAGGCCUAUGAGGCUGAGCUGCAGGCCUCGGCUGAGGGAAGGGGAGUGCGAAGUGGAGGGUGUAUUGGGGACCCAGGUGCAGGGCUGAUAGAAGAGAUCCUGAGGCUGGAGAAGCACCUGAGGAAGAAUGAGGUGGAAAUGGAGGAGGAGGAGUUUUGGGCCACUGAGCUGCAGAUUGAGCUAGAAAGUGAGAGACAGCUGGAGGAAAGACUACAGGAGCUACAAGGACGCCUGCAGAGCUGUGAACUGGAAAUUGAAGAAAAGCUGGCAAUGGUACAGGGUGUGGCGGCCGGUCUGGAAGAGGAGCGGCUGCAAAGGGAGCGGCAGGAGACCCAGUGGGUCAGUGAGGCAGAGGCUCGGGCUCAGGUCCUCAGGGUUAAAGCAGAGCUAAAAGCUCAGGAGAGACAGGCUGUCCAGCUGGAGAGCAGCUGCAGAGCUGUUGACAGGUCACUUGGACAAAGCAGCAAAAAGCUGCAGGACAUGCAGCACGAGCUGGAGCAGCUGACCAAGGAGCUGAGGCAAGUUAACCUGCAGCAGUUCAUCAAGCAGACAGGCACCAAAGUCACAGUGCUGCCAGCUGAACCCUCUGAGGAUGAAAGUAGCCACAACAGUCAUGGUAUAGAUUUAGUUCCACUCUCUGGCUCAUUGAAGCGCCCCGUGUCGUCCCACCCGAUGUCCAGUCACCUCCGGGUCCUCCACAGCCCUCUCAGUUCUGGCCUGAACCCAGAGGGGAUCUAUGUGUGAGACAGUUCUGAAUGGAAGAAAAACACAUGUUCUGUCUCCCCCCAAGAGCCAAUUUCACCCCAGAACCCAUUUAUAUGCGGAUGUCUUAGUACAGGAUACCUCAGUAGCACACUACUAUGCACUGUUGUUUCAAUGACCUGGAGGCAGCCUUUAGUAUGAAGACUCAAAUAGUUAAGGAACGAUGUUGAAAUGGAAGUCAUGGAGCACUUGGUGGUCAUGAAAGAUAGUUAGAAGUUAUGGCAUGAAGAAAAAAACACAGCAGCAUGGUCUGAACAUGUCAGGCUGUUGUGGACUUCUUUCAUAAACAUAUCCACUUAAUGUACUUUUAUUCUCACUUUAGUACCUGCUGAAUGAUUUGUAUUGUUUUCUCACAAGCAUCAUGAUUCAAAACUAUUGCCUUUUGAACAGUAUUCUUGAGAAUCUUGGUAUGUGAACCUAUGAACUCUAUAUCUUUGAUAUCGUAUGUCAUUCCUGCAGUGAAUACAUUUUACCUGCCAUAACGACUGGUUCUUAUAUAAGUAAUGAAGGAUCCACUUGUGUCUGUAGUGAAACUAUGUCUAGAAUCUCGCAGAAUCUAUUCCUCUAGCUCUGAAUGUCUGUUCAUGUUAAAACUAUGCACAAAUGGUUAAUAGUUUUGUUACUGAAGAAUGUUACUGUCUGUAUGUACCAAAAUGAUGGCUUAGUGUAAAUGUUUUCUUACUUUUCAGCUUUAUCUAGUGAAUUAUUAUAUUUUAUUACGAAGCGGUGCAUUCACAGUUAGGAAAAUGCAGAGCCCUCAUUCCUGCAGUAAUAGCUGCACAAUGAAACAGUGUUAAUUAUCCUCUUAAGCUGUUUUUUGUUGUUAAAUGACUACACAGAAUAUUUUUGCCAAACGUAUUAUGCUUGUUUCUCUGUAAGGAUUGGUGGCCAAAGAUUAGCAGGUCUUGUUGCAUGAUUGUGCUCUUAAUAUAGCCAUGUGAGGAUGUGCAGAGCACCCACAGUACAGUAAAUCAGUGAGUCAAACCUAAAAAUGGUGGCAUGUAUUAAUACAGUGGAUAGCUACAGCUACAGUGUGUAUGUGUGUGAAUGAACCAGUGAUUAAAGAUACAUGUAUGAAUGAGUCAGAACAGCCAAGAUUUGAAACCCCUGUAGGUUGUAGUUCAGCUGCUAAUCACAUCAAAGUGCCUUAUAUUCAUUCCACAGUUGGUGUAUUCAAGUAACGUACAGUAGAGCUUUAGCAAAAAAAUUUAAAGCAAUGAUCAUAGUCAGUUUAGUUACAGCAUUGAUAGAUGUGUUAGUGCCACAUUGCACAGGGGGAAUGGCAAUAGAGUGGCAACAAACAGGAAACUAUUAUUAUCACUUAUCUAACAGUGUUUUGUAGAAAUGUCAGUGGAAAGAACAUUAGUGAGAGUGCUUUCCACCUUGCUACUGUAUUAUUGUCACCAUGAUACUAUGUGCUGUAAAAUGCAUUUACAUUUAAUCUGAUUUUAUUUCUUGUCAUGCAACACAUACUGUAUACUGUAGUUUGGAUCAGAAGCACUGUCAACCAGGAAUAAGUAGUUGAUGUGAUACUGAGGGAAAGUCCACCCUGUAACAUUCUGUGUCUAUAAAAACAUGCAAAACAUCAUCACUACAGCGAUGUCUCUUCAGUUUAAAGAGAGACCUGUUUUUCAAUUCUUAGGUUCAAAAUAACCUGUGAUAAUCUGUAUUUUGAGGUGGAUUUUCCCUUUAAGAAACCACUUGUGUGUAUUUUUCCACCCUGGGAUGAGGUGUAGCUGUUGUCACUGUUUACAACUGUAUUUGUUCUAGAGAACUCUUAAGAUGUUGACUGUACAUAACCUGUUCUUAUUUUUAUUUUUUCCUGCCUUAACAUACUGCAAAGUGUUGACAGAUGUAUGGCUGUUACCUGGCUGCUGAUAUGACUUGGAUUGCAUGAUUCAAUAAACCAUCUGACAAAACUA